AUGUCUGUCCGGUCAAUUCUCCUCUCGCUGUCCGCCUCCUUGGCGUCCGCGACCAACCUCUAUGCCACCCACUACAGCGGCACGGUCUACUCGCUCUCCCUGACCCAGAGCCAGAAUGAGAGCACCCUAGCCAUAUCCUCGCAAAUCGACGGCUGCGGCCCCAUGCCCAGCUGGCUGACCCUCGACUCCGCCGCGCGCAUCCUCUACUGCUCCGACGAGACGGGCGACGCCUCGACCAACGGCUCCCUAAGCGCCCUGUCGGCCUCGAGCGACGGUAAAUUGUCCGUGAUUGCCAGCACCGACGCAGCCCCAGGAGGCGGCGUCAACAGCGUGAUCUAUACCGGCGAACACGGCGCCCAAUACCUCGCCAUCGCACACUACGGCGGCUCGGCGCUCUCCACUUUCGCGCUUCCCCUCACUCCCUCCUCCCAGCCGCUGCAGGUGUUCCGAUACACCUUCACAACCGACGACCCCAACCGCCGCCCGCAACAAGACUCCCCCCACCCGCACCAGGUCUUCCUCGACCCGACCGGCUCGUUCGUGCUGGUCCCGGAUCUGGGAUCCGAUCUCCUCCGCGUCUACUCCAUCGACAGAACCACCGGCGAGCUGAAGAGCAACUGCGCGGACCUGAGCUACCCGACAGGCAGUGGGCCGCGUCACGGACUCUUCUGGGAGACCGGCGAUGACCACCACAGCAUCCUGACGAGCCAACGGGGCCAGACCCCCGCCCAAAUUCGCCGCCGCGGGAGCAACCGCCGCGCGCAGCAGCAGCAACAAGGCGCAGCCACCCUGUACACGGCCAACGAACUCGACGGCCACCUAAAGGUGUUUGAGGUCUCGUACGUGUCCAACGGCUGCCUCUCAUUCGACCAGAUCCAAUCGCUGGUGCCGUACCCGACGACCAACGACAGCCUGCCGACCGGGGCGACGCUGGCUGAAAUCCGCAAGGCCGGCACGGACGGGCUGUACGUGUCGGUGCGGUCGGACCACGGGUUCGCGCCGUUCGACUCGAUCGCCACGCUGACCCGCCACGCGAACGCCACGGUGCAGUUUGAUCGGCUGAGUUCCGCGUACGGCACCGUGCCGCGCACGUUCGUGGUCAACAAGGCCGGCGAUCUGGUGGCCAUCGGCGACCAGGCCAGCUCGAACGUGGCCAUCGUGCCGCGGGAUCCCGUGACGGGGGUGCUGGGCGAGGCCAUUGCGAACCUGCAGGUCGGGGAGCCCGGCGAGGUGGGCACUGCGCAGGGGCUGAGCAGCAUCAUCUGGGAUGAGUGA